GGCCCAGCGGGCGGCUCUGUGGCGCGGAGCUGUCCAGCACUUCAGGAGGGGACGCGCCGGGAGGGGCCGCGCCGUGCCGGGCCGAGCGGGACCGAGCCGAGCCGGGCCGGGCCCAGAGAGCGGCAGCGACGGCACCGAGCUGGGCUGAGCGGGGCGGCGAGGACGGGAACGGCAGGGAGAGGUGCUGCGUGCCACCAUGGCUCUCUACAACAAUGGGGCCAACGUGCCCUCGCCCCAAGAGGCCUCCAAUGGCUUCUCGCAGCCCGGCGCCUCGGGCACGUGGCACAAGGCAGAGGAGGAGGUGCGGCUGGUGGAGCCCAGCCUGGUGAAGAAGGCUCACCGCGAGAUCCUGGACCACGAGCGCAAGAGGCGGGUGGAGCUGAAGUGCAUGGAGCUGCAGGAGAUGAUGGAAGAGCAAGGGUACUCAGAGGAGGAGAUCCGGCAGAAAGUGGGGACCUUUCGGCAGAUGUUGAUGGAGAAGGAGGGUGUGCUCACCAGGGAGGACCAGCACGGGCGCCAAAUAGUGAUAGAAAACCACCACGGGCUGGAUGGGGAGGAGUACACAGCACAGUACCCCGAGUACGGCGAGGGCUGCCUGUUGCAGUGUGAUUGCUCAGCCGAGUGCUACCGCGACGACAGCAGCCACCGCGAGUACAGGCUGAAAAGACGGUCGAGCAGCUCCACCUCCCCACCACCCAAGAAGAAAAAGAAAAAGAAAUCGGGUCACCGCCGGAACCGCAAAAAGAGGAAACCCGGUUCAGAGCGCAGCUGUGACAGCUCUUCCCCAAUCCGCAAGGAGAAGAAAAAGAAGACAGGAAAGAAACACAGACGUGACAGGUCUGAGUCGGGCUCUCGGAAGAAGAGAAGACACAGGUCCCGCAGCCCCAAAAACAAGAGGAAAGAGAAAAACAAAGAGCGCAAGAGGUCCCGCAGUGCAUCGCCAGCCUGGCGGUCGCACCGACGCAGCAGCUGCAGCUCGCACAGCGCUUCGCUCUCCUCCGACUACAGCAACUCCAAAUCCCCCAGCAGGCUAAGCCCCAAGCAUCGCGAGGACGGCCCCAAGGGCAACAGCGCCCGCUCCAGCCGCAGCCCGUCCUCCUCCUCACCGCGCCGCUCGGCCUCACCGCACCAGAACGGGCACAAGGGCAGCGCCCAGAAUGGCCGCCACAGCCAUGGCCCCGCGCUCGAGGAGCCAACGGAUAGGCCGGCCUCGCCGUCCCCUUCUCCACGGCCUCGUGGCAGGACGGAUCCGCCGUCCCCUCGCACCCGGGGCGGCCGUCAUGGUGCCCGCUCGCCCUCUCUGGAGCGAGCCAAGCACGGCCAUCGGCAUCGCUCCCGCUCCGCCUCGCCGCCCCGACACCGCGGUCAGGCACCCCGCCUGCCGGCCCCAGCGGGGCUCAGCCCCACUGGCUACAGCAGCGACUCGGAAGGCUCGGUGUGCUCCCACCCGCUCAGCCCUGACAGAACCCACGGUGCCCACGCUAAGAAGGUGAAGGAGAGGCACCACCGGGGCCGUCCCAACAGCAGCUCGGAGUCGUCGGCGAAGCACUCACGGCACGGAGCCUCGGAGCGGAGGAAGAGCCCCUCACACAGCACAGGGCACCGCAGCACCUCCUGGAGCUCCAGUGGUUCCCUCUCCAAGUCCCGCUCCCGCUCCCGGGACAAGCGGGCAGCACGCAGCCGCAGCCGCUCUCCCUCACAGAAGAAAACUGCCAGCAGAGAGAAAGACAAUGAGCCUCGAACACGCCACAGUGACCCGGACCCUGCUCGGGCCCGGCGCCGCUCCCGAAGCUACUCCCCAAUCAGGAAGAGGAGACGUGACUCCCCCAGCUUCAUGGAGCCCAGAAGGAUCACCAGCGCUCGCAAGCGUCCCAUCCCCUACUACCGCCCCAGCCCCUCGUCCUCCAGCUCGCUGAGCACCUACUCGUACAGCCGCAGCCGCAGCCGCAGCUAUGACACCUACAGCACCAGCCGCAGCCGCAGCCGGACUCGCAGCCCCCCCAGCCGCUCGCGCAGCCCCCCCAGCCGCAGCCCCAGCUACAACAGCCGCAGCAGCUCCGAGAGCGCCGGCUUCUGAGCCCCCCCCACCCCAACCAGGAGCCUCCAUCCCACCCCGGGAGCAGGGGAUUGCCAAGGAUGGACCGAGCGGGGGGGUGACCCUGAGCCUGUGGGGUAUCUGGGGGUUGGGAGAUGGGGUGGGGGGGUGGCUUAUUUUGGGGGGACGGGGGGGGGUGAGUACAGAGCGAGGGAACAAAUCGCAUCGACGUAGCUGGGGGGGUGCUCCAUCCAGCGGUGCUUUUUGGGGUAUUUGGGACUUUUCGAGCACCUUUCCCCAACCCAUGCCUGGCUGGAGGGUGCGAUGCGGCCCCAAAGGAGCUGCAGCAUCUCACUGACUUGUGUCCCUGUGGCACCCCUGGGGACAGAGGUGACACGGACAAUCCUGGGGCCCCAACAGCCCUGGGCACCACAGAGCCACCGAUGAACAAAGCGUCGCCGCAUCCCCGGCAUCAUCCCGCAUGGGGCUAUGGGCCCAAGGAGUGGGCUGGGAUCCCCCCCACCCCCCCCACUGCAGGGCUUUGCAUCUCCUGCCCCUGAAGAACAAAUGCUGUCGGGUCUGGAUUUGGGGUGAAAAAGGUGUAUUCUGGGAUGCGUCCUCACCGAGGUGCCCCCUGCACCCCCAUUGCUUUGGGCACCCCUGGGCACGUGGUGCUCCCUCUGAGCACUGGGACCCCGGCUGGGUGCCCCUGCACACCUCCUGCUUCAGUUCCUGACCCAGAUGGCUUCAUGGUGCCACUUUCCCCAAGAAUCACAGCCCCGGGGGAUGGCUGUGGCUUCUCUCCUGGAGGAUGCUGCACUGGCACAGCAGCGUGGCAGUGGGCUCGCUGUGCCCUGGGCCUGGAGCAUCCCUGCAGCCCUCCCUGGAGCUUUAACCAGAGAUAAAGGAUGGGCCCUCACGCCUGCUUUGCUGACAGCCCCAAUUCCACAGCAUUGUGCUGAUUUUCCAAAAAAAAAAAGAAAAAAAGAAAAAAAGAAAGAAAAAGGCCCUUCCUGGGGGCAUCCCCCCGGCCCCGCCGUUGGUGUGUAAUCCACAUGGACCGCGUGUUUUCCGCCUGGCUGGAGGAGGACGAAGCGCUGAGCCCGGUGGGAUGGGAGCACAGCUGCUGGGAUUAACCCACAGCGCCGCAAUGGGAUCGGGGCUUUGUCCCUGCCCCGAGGGCACCGCAGAACCGGGGCGUCCCUUUGAGUCCGGUAAUGCCCCUUCAGUGCUGGUGGGUUGGGGGGCUCUGACCACGGCCACGCACUUCAGGCACCCCGCAUUGCCCUCCCCCUGCACAGGGAUGCUCGGAGGCAUCCUCCGGGGUGGUCCCCAUCCCAACCCUAAUUCUCAUCCCCUUCCAAUCCCAAUCCCCAUCCCUGACCCCAUUCCAAUCCCCCUCCCGAUCCCCGAUCCCGAUCCCCACCCCUGACUCCACUCCAAUCUCCGUUCCCCAUUCCAAUCCCCCAUCCCAAACCUGUCCCCAUCCCCGCCCCAUGGCCACAGCUCCCACAGUGACAGAGCCCCGGACAGGACAGCACAUCAGGGAAAAUUUCCAGUCUUCCUCUUUUACAGUCUCUGUCUCCUGCCGCGGAGGGAGCCAACUGGAACAAAAUACUCUGUAGAAAUACUUCAGUAUUUUCCUCUCUCUCGCGCGCUCUCUUUUUCUGGAUUGUGAGUACAGCUGUAGAUUCAGUGAGCUGGUUCAAUUAUAAUAAAAUAUACAGUAUAUAUUGUAAAUGA